AUGGGUAGCAAGCAAUUGAAUUUUAGGGUAUCGUUCAUGCUGGUAGCCCUCACUCUGCUGGCUCUGUUUUGUCUACGGACAGAGGCGUUGUAUUUCUAUUUGGAAGGGAGUGAGCAAAAGUGUUUUCUUGAAGAACUUCCGAAAGAAACUGUCGUUGUUGGUACUUUUAAAGCCGAAGAAUGGUCCGAUAAACAAAAACAGUUCCACGAGAAUCGAGGCCUCGGGAUCCAAAUUACAGUUGAAGAACUACCGCAUAAUUCUCGUUUAGUUAAUCAAAAAGGUCCGUCGAGUGGCACUUUUACAUUCACGGCAGUCGAGUCAGGCGAUCAUGCCAUUUGCUUCCGAACGAACUCUAGCUCGUGGUUCUCGAGCAUUCAGGUUAGGUUACAUUUGGAUAUGGCUAUCGGAGAUGCUAUGAACAGUGACGAUACUGAAGCUAAUCAAAUUACCGGUAAGGAAGUGUGGGAAGAGAAAGAGGCAAGGAGGAGGGUGGUCAUAGGCGAGAUUGUUGGAGGUUUGAGAAAUCUAUCUCAGCGGGUGCGUGAUCUGAACCAUCGCAUCGCUGAUAUUAGGAGAGAACAAAAUUAUCAGAGAGAAAGAGAAGCAGAAUUCAGAGAUCAAUCUGAACUUACUAAUUCACGCGCGGUAGUGUGGACUAUAGUGCAAUUGAUUGUACUGGGGAUAACUUGUUUGUGGCAAAUGCGGCAUCUGAAGAGUUUCUUUGAGACCAAGAAACUUGUUUAA